GCAUGCGAGUAUAGUAAUUACUAGUACCCAUUUAGUGCGCACGAAAAGAGAAAAAAACCCUUCGGAGAGAGUUCUGAGUUCCAUCAAUGGCGUCCGGGGCAUCUCUGCUCUCCUUCAUAAUAUUUGCCUUAGCUUCGACGGCAAAUUGUUUUUAUCUUCCAGGGGUCGCUCCGCAGGACUUUUCAAAGGGUGAUGAGCUGCAGGUAAAAGUGAACAAGCUAACCUCAACUAAGACACAACUUCCUUAUGAUUUCUAUUAUCUGGAUUAUUGCAAGCCAAAGGAGAUUGUCAACAGCGCUGAAAAUUUGGGGGAAGUUCUUCGUGGGGAUCGCAUUGAGAACUCUCCCUAUGUGUUUGGGAUGAGAGAACACAAGCUGUGCAAUUAUGUUUGCAAAAAAAAACUGGAUUCCAAGUCUGCAAAGAAUUUCAAGGAGAAAAUAGAUGAUGAAUAUCGUGUUCAAAUGAUUCUCGAUAAUCUUCCUGUGGUAGUACCCAGGCAAAGGAUGGAUGGAACCCCAGCAUAUUCCUAUGAACAUGGUUUCCGUGUUGGGUUCAAAGCGAGCUAUGCAGGGAGUACAGAAGAGAAGUAUUUUAUCCACAAUCAUUUGAACUUUGAAGUGAAGUAUCACACUGACACAGUGACUGAUACUGCUCGUAUUGUUGGUUUUGAAGUUACACCUUUCAGUGUAAAGCACGAAUAUGAGCAGCCUUGGGAUCCUGAGAAUCCACAUUUGAUAACCUGCAAUGCAAAUACUAAGCGUUAUGUUUUAAGUUCUGAUGCUCCCCAGGAGGUGGAGGAAGGUAAAGAGGUCAUCUUCAGUUAUGAUGUCAGUUUCAAGGAUAGCCCUGUGAAGUGGGCAUCUCGAUGGGAUACAUAUCUUCUAAUGACAGAUGAUCAGAUCCAUUGGUUCUCCAUAAUCAAUUCAUUGAUGAUUGUCCUGUUCCUUUCUGGCAUGGUGGCAAUGAUCAUGAUGAGAACUUUGUAUAGGGAUAUUUCAAAAUACAAUCAGCUGGAGACACAGGAUGAAGCUCAAGAAGAAACAGGAUGGAAAUUGGUCCAUGGAGAUGUGUUCAGGCCCCCUAGUCAUUCUAGCCUGCUUUGUGUGUAUGUUGGAACUGGUGUUCAGUUUUUUGGGAUGACACUUGUUACAAUGAUAUUUGCAAUGCUUGGCUUCCUUUCUCCCUCCAACCGUGGUGGGUUGAUGACAGCUAUGGUUCUGUUGUGGGUUUUCAUGGGUUUGUUUGCUGGCUACUCUUCAGCUCGUAUGUACAAGAUGUUCAAAGGCGCAGAGUGGAAGAAAAAUACCCUGAAGACUGCUUUUAUGUUUCCGGGUACUAUUUUCUGCAUUUUCUUCAUACUGAAUGCAUUGAUAUGGGGUGAGAAAUCAUCUGGUGCUGUACCCUUUGGAACAAUGUUUGCCCUGGUCUUUUUAUGGUUUGGAAUUUCUGUACCCCUGGUAUUUGUUGGUAGUUACUUUGGGUUCAAGAAACCUGCAAUUGAGGAUCCAGUGAAGACAAACAAGAUCCCCAGGCAAAUUCCAGAACAGGCUUGGUACAUGCAGCCAAUUUUCUCCGUAUUAAUUGGUGGCAUCUUGCCUUUUGGAGCUGUUUUCAUUGAGCUGUUUUUCAUUCUGACUUCCAUAUGGCUGAAUCAGUUCUACUAUAUCUUUGGGUUCUUGUUCAUUGUCUUUAUUAUCCUUCUGGUCACUUGUGCGGAGAUCACCAUUGUUCUCUGCUACUUCCAGUUGUGCAGUGAAGAUUAUCAUUGGUGGUGGAGAGCAUAUCUAACUUCAGGCUCAUCAGCACUCUAUUUGUUUCUAUAUGCAAUAUUCUACUUCUUCACCAAACUGGAGAUCACUAAGCUUGUUUCUGGUAUUCUCUACUUUGGCUACAUGACGAUCAUUUCAUAUGCUUUCUUUGUAUUGACUGGUACAAUCGGCUUCUACGCAUGCUUCUGGUUUGUGCGUAAGAUAUACUCAUCGGUGAAGAUUGAUUGAGCUGCUCAACACGACUAGCUGUGUUUGCCAUACAUUUAAUUUUAUGGCCAAGAAGAGAAAACAAGGUUUGGAUGUGCACAUGAUUAACAUUAUUUGCAAACGUCAGGUGCAAAGAAAAGCCAGGCUUCUAGAAAGUUUUUGGUGAAUGCUACUUCAUGGUGCCUUUUAUAUGCAGAAUGUCAUAGCGCUUUGAUUGGAGGCUACCAAUUUAUUGAAGCCAUCACGGAAAUUUCUGUUUACUUUGCAUUGUACUGAAAAAUUUGUUAGUUUAAAAAACAUUUUCAAAACAUGCAUUUUGAACAUUUUGACCUUGGGCCGUCUAGUCACGUGUUUUAUGAGCCAUCUAACACCGUGUUUUAUUUUAUGAAUGAGAUGUGCGGUGCUCUUUUCUUA